AUGUUGCCCAGUACGAAAGUCCUACGCCUUACCUGUUCAUGUAGAGGAACCGUUCUGAAUGUGACCUCCGUUGUUCUCCAUCCGGUUGUUGCACGGGAUGUAGUGGGCGAGGAGCGAGGUGUGGUGGUCGUUGGACGAGUUCUUGUGGUAGGUUGUGUUGUACUGACUGUCGUCGAAGGAGAGGCCAUCCACCACGGAGUGGUCCAGGUCUCAGUUGCAGCAGCUGUUGGACGAGUUACCACAUCAACAGGAGGAGUCGUGGUCAUCCACCAUUGUGUUGUAGAUGAUGGACGAGUUGUUCUGGUGGUUGAAGGACUAGUUGACAUCCACCAAGGGGCUGUCCGAGUUGUAGUUGUCGGGCGAGAUGUUGUCACCUCAGAAGAAGUUGUAACCAUCCACCACGGAGGGGUGGUAGUCGGGCGUGAUGUGGUGGUUACAGGACGAGUUGUACUUGUCGUUGGAGGAGAUGUAGACAUCCACCAUGGAGUAGUCAUUGCUUCGGGUUUGACAGUUGUUGGACGGGAUGUUGUAGCAGCAUGA